CACCAAUCCAUCCCUCCUCAAAUAACUUAGCCAUUGACUCUUCUGACCGAGUCUGGCUUCUUUGUCUUGACUCUACCCUUGCUUCCGCCCCUGUCUAGAACCGGCUGACCUUGCGAUUUGGCUGUUAUACGCACGUGUGGGUAAAUAGUUAGUUGCUUGCUUGGUCGACCAAACUACUACUUUAUUACUACACAACACGUCCACCACACGCACCCACAGACAUACAACCUCCCCUUGAAACACAACACUUCUCUUUUCUUCCCCAAAGUCUCUCUACCUAAAGGCCCUCGGUACAUCCAUCAGGAGUACCAUUCACUCCCUCCCCCGCACUCGCCAUGCAUUCCACCGCAUCAGCACAUACCAGUCCUGUCAAGGAGGGCAGGCGGAUUCUCGGCGAGAAGACGGCCAACGCGUGCCUGUCGCCUCGCCACGCCUCGCUCUCCCCCACCAAACGGCCACUUUUGGAGGUACCGUCAUCGACGACGACGACGUCUCCUUCCAAGAAACUUCUUCCGUCGCCUCUAUUUGCCGGCCACAAACGCACCAUUGACGAGGUGGACGGGGCGAUCGAGCAUGCGAGCACCACUUCCCGAGAGCGCGCGCUGGGCCCGGCACCACUACCCCUCGCAAACCACGCGCAAGAUGAGCUGACUCCGGAGGUUUCUGCGCCUUCAGUGGACAUCUUGUCUCAAGCCGACGCGACACUAUCCCCCGAGGGUGAAGGUCUAGAUCUAGAAACUCAACAACACGAACACCACGAGGAAGACGUAGAGCAACAAAUACCAACACCAGCCCGACCCGCCAAAACCACAACCACAACCACACAACAACAACAACAAAUAACACCACCCACCACAACGCGACCCAUCCUGGAAGACCCAGCGACGCGCAAACGCUUCAUCCAAGAGAAAGCAACCCUCCUCCGCACCCGCCUCCAAACCGCCAAGCGUCACGUCCGCGAUUCACAGCAAUUCGACCGUCGUCUCUCCGAGCUCGAAGCUCACAGCCGGAAAUGUCCCCGAUUAUCGCUUCCCCCCAAGAGCCAAACUCAAGCUCCAGCGCAAGCACAGAUCCCCGCGCCUAAAGACUCGCAACGAAUGGUUGCUGCUGCUGCUGCUGCUGCUGCUGCUGCUACUGGUGGUUCUACUGCCGGCCCUAAGACCCCGGCUCCGGCGGCGGCAGCCCUCGCGCCGAUCUCUACGCCAUGUCCUCUCCAACCACGCGCCCCGGAACUCAAUACCUCGCCUGACAAUCUAGCAGACGCAAAAGAUCACCACGCGUCGGGGCUGUCGUCGCCGCCCCUGUCGACAGGCAAUGAAGCCUCGGCUUUCGAGGACGAGGAGGACCCAAUGAAGACUCCGACGCAGAAGAUGUAUCGCCCCGCAGCAGCAGCAGCAGGGGGAGAGGCGGCGUCGCCGAUGCAGUUGAGUAGCCCGCCUGCGACGGUGUCCCGCCGGAGAACGGGGACGGGGGCAUUGCUGGAGGAUAAGGACGAGGGGAUGAGUCUGCCGGAGAAGCAGCGGCGGGUAUCGCAAAAGGGGGAUGCGGUGGAUGGGUUGUUGAAGUUGAUGGGGACGGUGGAGCAGCAGCAGCAGCAGCAGCAGCCUGAGCUAGUAGAGACACGGACGGGGUGAGCCCAAUCAUCGAGAGAGGUAGUAGCCCUUGACUGGUUAUGUGGUGUGUAGAGUUGACCGAUGGCAUCCAGCCCGGCAUCUCCAGGCUCAUCACAGAUCAAGGCUUUCGGUACUGCGGGACAAGUAAUGUACAUAGAACCAGGGAGAAGCCGGAUGGCUUUUGCGACAGAAAAAGAGAGACAGAGAGAGAGAGAGAGAGAGAGCUAGUCUUGCCAAUCAUGAUACCCUUCCUAC